CAAUCGCAAUCAUCAAUCAGUAGGUAUACAGGCAUCCGAUCGAAUCGCUGCCGACCAGCGCGAUGGCUGCUGCUGCUUCCGGGCAACAGCAUCAUGCAGCGGCAGGAGGACCGUCACGACCGCCAUUGUUCCAAUUCCAGGGGCAGCAGCAGCAGCAGCAUGGCCCGCCAAAUGCCUCCGUCUACAGCGACGACGGCCAGCAGAGCGGCGACGAUGACGACGACGACGACGACAAUAACCACGCUAAUGACCAGGUGCUUCCUAAUGGCAAGCGAAAGAGACCGCUUUCUGUCUCGUGUGAAACUUGCAAAACUCGAAAGGUAAAAUGCGACCGCGGUCAACCAGCCUGCGGGUGGUGUAGUAGAAAUACAGUCGUGUGCGAGUACAAAGAACGAAAGAAGCCCGGCCUCAGAGCAGGCUAUGGCCGCGAGUUAGAGCAACGUCUCGACAAUCUCGAAGCAGAACUCAAAAGACACGCCGACAUCUUAGCGGCACACGGACUCGACCUCAACACGAGCCCGGGGAGUGUCAACAGUCGUGCUACCCUCAGCAUCAAUGCCAACAACAGAAAUAACCAUGCGCCAUCAGGCCAUCGGAGCACACCAAGCCUGCCGAGCAACGGCCACGGCACACCGCGCGAUACAGGACCCCCUCCGGUCUUCGCUCACGCCGGCCCAGAUUCGGCUGAGAGGGCUCUCUUCAUGCACAAACCCCCGACUUCAGCCGAUUUUGGUCUGGGCCCGCACACUCCAGCCGUCAUCCAUGACAACUUCCAGCACGUGGCGACUCCUCAGCCUCGUAUGCAGCCGGCCAUGACCCCUAGUUCGGCCGUUCAAGAGUACUAUGGUGCCCCCCGAGCCGUCUCCCAUCAGAUAGCGGGUCCGUCGCUCACAGCAGCCGUUUUGCCGGUCACCCAAGGGCAAGGAGGCGCUGAACAGGAGCUUCCGCCGUAUGGCGUUUGUUACGCUCUCAUGGAGCUAUACUUCAAGCACAUCCACCCAUGGUGUCCGAUCCUGAACCGUGAGACCACAAAAGAUCUGUUUUUUGGAGAGAGAAUCCCGAACGAGGAAGAAAAGAUCCUGCUGCAUGCCAUUGUUGCUACAGCCAUGAGAUUUGCAACUGACAAGAUGCUACCCAAGGAGAGUCGGCAGCGUUUCUACACGGCCUCGAAGCAGCGUGUUUUACUCUAUGGAAUGGAACAUUCGUCCGUCAUGUCGCUGCAAGCCCUGGUGAUACUUGCGCUGGAUCUAUGCGGUAGUAGCAACGGGCCCCCAGGAUGGAACAUCAUGGCUCUCAUCACUCGAGGGGUGGUGCAGCUUGGCUUGGCCGUCGAGACGAACUCCAUGACAGUUUGUCCAAGCUAUCCCUCAAUCUACACUCUUCGCGCUAUGGUCCUUCCAGAACCUCGCGACUUCACCGAGGAGGAGACCCGCAGAAGGUUAUUCUGGAUGGUAUAUGUGCUCGAUCGCUACGCUACCAUUUCCACGGCGUUCGACUUUGCGCUUGAUGACAAGGAAAUUGACCGGACCCUUCCAUGCCGCGACGAACUGUGGAUUAAGAAUCAGAAAGUUGAGACUAGAUGGUUCCACGCCGCUGACGAUGAUAGCCGACUCAACAGCAACAGCUCCGCCGACUACCAAGUCAACAAGCCCGAGAAUCUUGGUGCCUUCAGCUACUAUAUCGAAAUCCUGGGCAUUCUCUCCAAGAUCCACAAGUUCCUCAAGCAGCCCGUCGACAUCUCGUCUCUCACCGAUGUUGAAAAUUGGCAGCACCGCUAUCGAGAAUUGGAUACAAUGCUCAAAGUGUGGAAAUUCGAACUCCCCGAUGACUACAGCAACAUGGCCAAGAUCUAUGAGCACCCCAGGGUUGCCCGUACUCUAAGCUGCGCCUGGAUCAUGCUCCAUGCGACCUACCACACCGCCGUCAUUCGUCUGCACUCGUCAGCCGCAUACCCCACCGUCCGUUCACCCAUCUUCUCUCCUUCCUACAUGGCCUCUCAAACCUGCCGCGACACAGUCAAUAAUAUCCUUGCCCUGGGUAAAUUCGUCGUUGAAUACAACUUGCUCUCCACACUCGGUCCUCCCUUUGCGUUCACGCUCUGGGUCGCUGCCCGAGUCCUACUGGUCCACGGCAGCACUGUUGAGCGCAGUCUCAACCCGGAUAUCCAGUUCUUUGUUGACACCCUGCGCGAAAUGGGCAAAUACUGGCCCGUAGCCACGCGCUACUCCAAUCUCCUGACGCGCGUGGUAGACGAAUACAAGGCCAGCGUGAGUGAGGGCGACGAGGUGACGCCCAGUAGCGUGCGGAUUCUGGCGGACAUGCGACGGACCGCAUUCGACUUGGAUCUGUUGAUUAGUCGCCAGCCUAGGCAUGGCUCGCGGCAACACGGAGUUUUGACGGGUACCGCGGCCGGAAACAGUGUGAUGAGCGCAGGCGUCAUGAUGCCUGUCAACAAUAACAGUAACGGGCACUUUGCUAUGGGAGCAGAAGGAGGAACAGGAGGAGGAGGGGGAGCCAACGAUCUGGAAUAUCUCGAUGUUUUUGACUUUUUCAACAUGCCCAGGUUUCCUCUCAAGCAGCAGCCAGGCCAAGGCGUGGGCGGCGAUGUCAUGCAUGGCUCGGCAAUGGGAGGAGGAGGAUCGGCACAGGGAGUGGGGCAGUUCAAUAUCAUGGACUUUAUGGUGUAUCCUGAGCGCGAUUGGCUCGAGAAUCCUCGCGGUCCUUCUUGGGUCGAUGCUACAGGAGGAAGGCCUGAGCAAGGGACUGGUGCUAGUGGCCCUAAGACAAGAACUGGGACUGGAAGCGCGGAAGGCGCUGGGGCUACUCUUUAG